GAGUGAGGCUUAAUUGAGAACAUCUGGGCAGCCAUCCAGUGGAGAAGAUGAGAUUGGGCCGGGCAGCUGCAUGCGCCAACUCCUGCAGUUGCUGGGGCAUUCGAAGAGCCUUGUAUCUGGUGCUUUUCAGACAAGUUGGGCCAUCCCCUUUGGGCCAUUAGGACCCCCUGAACAGUUGGGAGACUAGCCUGGAAUUGUUCCCUAAAUUCCUCCAGUCCUUCUUCAUGAAGCUUCUUGUUCAUACAACCCUUGGUGUCAGAGGUGGGGGCCAAUGAUACUUGUUGGGAUUGUUGAGUGGCAAAGAGAGGAGGACAAGGGAGACUCCAGUGUGUGGCAUCCUCAUGGUACCUUAUCUCUCCAGAUGAGGCACAGAGAGCUGGACGUGGCACUGACUGAGGCUGUGUGGCCAUCGCCUCUCUCUGAGCUCUGAAGACACUCCGCUGUUUUGGAUGUGUGUGUCGAAAUUUGGACCAGGAUUAAAGAAUGGCCCAGGUUCUGCACAUGGAGACUGGCUUUCCAGGAAAGGCCAGUCCUGCUUCUGCUACAGCCUUUCAUGGGAAGGAGCAGGACUUGCCCUACUCAGUGGAGACCCCCUACGGCUACCGCCUGGACCUGGACUUCCUCAAGUAUGUGGAUGACAUUGAGAAGGGCCACACUAUUAAGCGCAUUCCAGUUCACCGUCGACCGCGCUACAGUUCACUGCCACGCGGUUAUGGCUACACCGGUUCAUGGUGGACCUCCACGGAGUCACUUUGCUCCAAUGCCAGCAUGGAUAGUCGCCAUUCCUCCUAUUCCUAUUGUGGGCGCAGCUUUUACCCACAAUAUACAGCUACACCAACCAACUUCAGCGCCCGCGUGGAGAAGACCUUGCUGGAUGCCAGAAAGAAACUGGAGGACCAGGCAGGCUCAGGAGAUGGGGAAAGGCCCAGGGCAAGUGGUCUUGGAAGCCUUCAUAGCAGCGUGUCUGGCUCUACCAGCUCUUUGGUGGGAAGCCAGUGCCCCUCUCGCCAGACUUCUUACAAUGGCUCACAGCAAGGAGCUCCUGGACAGUUCACACCCAUCGGCUCUGGGUUGUCUACCCCUGUCUCACCCACCCCAGGACACCUCCAGCACGUCCGGGAGCAGAUGGCUGUGGCCUUGAAGAAGUUGCGCCAGUUAGAAGAACAAGUGAAGAUGAUCCCAGUGCUGCAGGUGAAAAUCUCAGUGCUGCAGGAGGAGAAACGGCAGCUUAGUGUCCAGCUCAAAAGCCAGAAGUUCUUGGGGCAUCCAGGGGGCUUUGGCAAGGGCAAGUCCAGGGGGGAGCUCUACAUAGACAUUCCUGAGGAGGGGGCAGGGGAAAACAAAGAGAAAGGCAGCAGCAUGAGGCCUGAUACAGGAGGCAGCAGGCUGGACAAGAAGGAGGUGAGGUCAGUGGGUGUGGGUAUGUCGGCAGAAGGCAGGGAGGUGGGGAAGUGCGAUGUAGGGGUAGCAGUCAGGGAGGAGGAGUUGGGGCUGCCUUCCCCAGAGGAGGAGCGCCAGCGCCAAGCCAUUCAGGCUCUGUCAGCCAAAAUUGCUGUCCUAGAAACCCAGCUGAAGAGGGCACUCCAGGAGCUCCAGGCUGCACACCAGAAACUGGAGGGUCAGGGCAACGAGCAGGAGGACAAGGAAACCUCCACAGGAGAUGGUGGUCUGACGCUCGAGUGGGAAGUAGAGGGAGAAGGGGCAGAGCAGUGGGCAAACAGGCUCUCAAAGAGGGACAUCCCCAUCCGGGUGGACACAAUCAAGGUGGUCCAAAUGGAAAGAGAACCAGAGAUUGUGGCCAGCACAGCUGUAGGGGUGGACCAUCGGCCGCAGAGGGCACAAAGUCUGGAGGAGUCCUAUGCCAGCCUCAAAGCCUUGGCAAGCAGAGACAUGGGUUCUGAGGAAGCAAAGAUGCCACUUUAUGCCACGUAUCGCAGUGAUGAGGUGGUGGAGACCACGUUUCCCGUCCACGCUGGCCCAGUGACCACGGCUGCCACCUUCCAUUCUGUGAAAAAAAUCAGCAUCGUCAGCACAGAGCAGGAUGGGAAAGAAAAGCAAGGAACAACAGAGCAAACAGGGUCAUUAGAAAAAACUGAGCCCUCCAUUCCUGAAUCCCUCCAGACAGAGCAAGUGUCUUCAUGUCUGUCCCAGGAGCCUAAAUUACAAAGUGAAGAAGAAGACCAAGCGUCAUUCACAGCAGAGGUCCAGUCCACCAUGAAGAAGAAAGAGGAACCUGCAGAGUGCCUUGCCAGCAAAAAGAGCCUUCAGUUUGUGGGAGUCAAUGGCGGGUACGGGUCCACCUCUUCCGAGGACUCCAGCACAGCUGAGAACGUCUCAGACAAUGAGAGCACCGAGAGUGAAUACCACGAGGCGAGUGAGGGGCUCCCUGCAGCACAGGCCACUGCAACUGAGCCCCCAAAGCCUUCUGGGACAGCCACAGCUGCAUCUCACCCAGGAAUCCCCACCGAGGGAGGGAAAAUGCCAUCAGCAGAAGGCCCCAGCAAGGAACAAGCAGGCAAUACUGGGAUGGGACUCAGCAAGGAGCUGCUUUCAGCCUGUGAAGUCCUGCAGAAGUAUCUCAAGAGUCCUGAUACACACAUGGAUGAAGAGAUGAAACUAGCAUAUACCACAGUGCUUCACUGCUGGUUGAGACUUUCCUGCCACAAAGAUGCCAACCCAGAAUCCGUCUCUCAGUAUAUGGCUGCAUUCCAGGCCUUCUCUCCUCAACUGCUGGAGUUCAUAAUCAAUAUGGCUGACGCCAAUGGGAACACAGCCCUCCAUUACACAGUCUCACAUUCCAACUUUCCUGUGGUCACACAGCUUCUCGAAACAGGUUUGUGCCAUGUGGACCAGCAGAACAAAGCUGGCUACACGGCCAUCAUGCUGACAGCACUGGCUGCCUCCCGCUCAGAAAGUGAUAUGGAGACCAUUGUGCAGCUGCUGAAAAUGGGCAACGUUAAUGCCAAAGCCAGUCAGGCUGGCCAGACUGCACUGAUGUUGGCUGUCAGCCAUGGGCGUCUCGAUAUGGUGCGUGCCUUGUUAGCUAGUGAAGCAGAUGUCAACCUGCAAGAUGAUGAUGGGUCCACGGCGCUGAUGUGUGCUUGUGAACACGGCCAUGCUGACAUCGUUCGCCUGCUGCUGGCCACGCCUGGCUGUGAUGUCGCCCUUUCCGACAAUGAUGGCAGCACAGCUCUCUCCAUUGCGCUGGAAGCAGGCCAGAAUGAUAUCGCCAUCAUGCUGUAUGCUCAUCUGAACUUUGCCAAAUCCACAUCUCCGGGGACCCCGAAGCAACUGAGGCCUGAGAAUGCCACAGCAAUGUCCAGCGAUGCUCAGUGAUGCAGAAGGGGAUGGUGGCAUUUCUUGCUAGAGUCGGAGGUUUUCUCUCUUCACUUUUGAAGAAGUGCUUGAAGGCUUGUCAAGGACUAGGGAAGAAAAGCAUCUAACAGUACAUUACGUCAAGCAUGUAAAUUUCCUAAGAAAUGCCGUCUGUUCCUCAGCCUCCUCCACCCCCUUCAUUAGCUGGAAUUUCCCCCAUCUGCUGUACUCCCCCAAGGCAGCUUGCCUUCCAGCAAGAGGAGAUGUGGACUUCAGGCCACUGUCUGAGAAGUCUUGAGGUUUAGCCAGCUAAGCUUGAUCAGUGGUGAUUCUGCCUGUCAGUGAGCCAAACAGAAGGAUCAAGCAAAGGGCUUCUGGAUGCAGCUUCUCGGCCAACUUAAAGGCUUUUCUGCUUUGACUUUUGUUUUCUUGUUUCUCCAAACCUAUUGCUGGAGCAAGGGGUUCUGCAAAGUAUGAAAUAAAGGCUGCACGAGUGCACAUCUGGUGGUGGCUGUGCAGAAAGAGCAUUGGGAGAGGCUGCUGCAGUCUAGAACUGUGGUUGAAGAGGCUGGUGUUCUGGAGAUUCUACCUAUUGUAGAGAGGCCACAUGGACUCUAGGCUUGUACGUCUGCCACAUUCCCCUUGAGUGAUCUUGCCUUCUCCUUAUCCCAGUUCCUUCUCUCUCUUUAAAAUGAGACUGACAGUAUUUUUUUUAAUAGAGGCCACUGAAGGGGUAUCUCUCUAAAGCAACUCCAUGCAAAAGAGGUUUUAUUUUCUUUUUCUUUAAGGACCAGAAAUCUUUGCUUAAACAUGAAUUUACUUGAAAUAAUGUUUGAAAGCCAUGACCUUUUGAGGAGUGGGCUAGAAGGAUUUCUGUUUGCCCCCCAAAUAAUAAUGUAAAAUGGCAAUACAAGCAAUGUUGAAAUAGAACUGAAGUCAGUUUUUCACACCAAGUUUAAAGUUAGUGUAUUAUACAAAUUUGGCAAAAUGUGAAUUCUCACUGCUUUAGGUUAACUUUGCACGUGAACCAUGGGGCUAUUAAAGACAUGUAUUAUGUUUAAGACUACCCAUAACUGGCCUCAACUGCAGAGAGCUUGCACAAGGAGUUGAGAGGGAAAGUGUGUGGUUGUGCAGCUCUGUUUCUUUUAAACAGAGCCUGCGCAGGAGAUUGAACUUUUCCCAGCAGAUUGAACCUUUCAUCCAGAAUGCUCUCUUUUACCCAGAAUUAGCUCUCUGUCAGGGGCUCUGUACAAUCUCAUUUACUGAUGUGAGACACUAAGGUCUGAAGAUAAUUUGCCUGACAUUAUUUGCCUAACUAUUGAAAUAGCAAGCUUCAAACUAGGCAACCCUGUCACGUUUCUGUUCCUUUUCCUUUCCUUUUUUUUUUAAAGCAGCAAAUUCAUUCAUGGCUGCUCCUCAAAGAACACUAGUAUUUCAUUGGCUGUGCAAGUCACAACCCUCUUCACUUACUUCUUUGGGUUUAAAAUGCCAAAUUUUACUUCCGUUUUUUGUAACCCGUGAGUGACGUCCAGGCUAAGAUUGCAUGCACAGGAAAACAUUUUGCAUGUGCAAUAAGAAAGGGGCAUUUUGGCCAAUCUGCCCUUGCCUCUGCAGCCCUUUGUACCUCCUAAAAUAUAUCCCUGGGAGUGGCAAAAGCCUUAGGGACUUUUUUUUUCAGUGGCGGGGAGGCAGAGGACUGAAGAAGGAAGGAGGGAAUUAGUGAAAAUCACCUCUACCCUGUUGCAUGCAUGAAACGUUUCUCAGCACACUCAACAUUAGGCUGGAUGUCGGCCAGUGGCCUGAUAACGAGCAUCAAAUAUUAAUAAGAAACAAUGAACCAUGAUGGUUUUUUUUUUAAAAAAAUGCCAAUCAUUUGAAAUAAUAAAAAAGUUACAUCCUAUUUUUAUAUAAAUAAAUAUAUAUUAUAUAUUAAUAUACACCAAAAAAAGGAUUAUAUAUAAAUUAUUUUAGUGCACAUUGUUAGGGAUUCUAGAGGAGCCAACGUCCAAAAUGUGGAGGAGUGGGUGGGCAGAAUGCUGUCUUCGCUCCAAAUCUGCUAGCUGAUACCUUUGCACAGUUUAUAUUCUGCCUUGUGUAAAAGCCAUUAGAAAGUAGUUGGGCUAUAAACAACUGUUUAUCUGGAGCCAGUUGGCUCUUGUGUUGCUCUAAACACACCGGUGGUACAAGUAUUUCUUCCUUAUGGCCAUUUUCUGUUGCUGCCCUCAAAGCAGACAUUUUGAAUUGGCCACAGGAGAUUUUAGAAGUUGCAUGUCUUUAGAAGUGCAUCUGAAUCUUUUGUAUUUUGGAUAUCGUCUCAUAUACAUUUCAUCUAUUUUGUGGUUGCCAUAUGAUGAUAUGUUUUCACUUUUUCAACGAAGUUAAUGUCAUUUAUAAUCAUUAAAGAAAUAAUGUUAUCAGA